AUGUUAACAAAGUUUAUUCCUUCUUCCAUACUUAAAUUAUUGAAUCAAGUAUUUAUUUUACAGAAUUAUCAACAAGGAUCUUCUGACAGUCGGCCAACGUAUCAAAUAUGUAAAAUAUAUGAAAUGUUAUUUUCUGCUUCUAAUGGAAAUUGUAUAAGGCCAUUAAGCUUUUCUGAAUCAUUAAUGAUUUAUCUAUUCGCUGGUAGUAGCUUAUCUGUUAAAAUACUCGAUGCGUCGAGCCCAAGUAGUAGCUAUGAAACCAUUCAUAGAUGGUAUCAGAAACAAGGUAAUAAUAAUUUAGUACUUCCAAAAGGUGAUAUAGAAACAACCUUCGACAAUAACCAAAUUAUUGGGAAAUCCUGUUCUGUAUUUAAUCCAAAUAAACUUUCAGGUGUUUCAACAACUGUUAUUCAUGCGGUUAUUAGUGAAGAAUUACGUAUACAAAAACAAAGUUUAGGACUAGGUUUAUGUUGUAACGAAAAAAAAAUUCAAAUUGCUUGUAGACAAACCACGAAAAAGCUCAAUAAAUCAAUAGAAAGUAAUGAUCUUCUACUACAUUUUCUUGACGAACGAAAAUAUUUUCAAUCAAGCUUUGAAUCAUUCAUAACAAUAUUGAAACAAAAAAGCCUAUAG